GCUUCCAUUCUCUCACAUAAAGAAUAUACAAAGAGAGUACCAUCUAGCUGGAGUGCUACUUUGAAUAUCAACCAUGGGUUCUAUAUCGACUUUCAAUUUCGAUGCUAUCGUCUUCGACUUGGGGAAUGUCAUGAUCAAGAUGCCUCCUCAAGCACCUAGAGCUACAGAAACAGCUCCCAUACCGACCCUCCGACGCUUGAUUUCAACAUCUGCUUGGAUGCGUUACGAAUGUGGUGAGCUUGAUGAAACGUAGUGCUACGAGAUGCUAGGAAAGAAAUUUGGACUCCCACCAUCUGCAAUCACUACAGUUAUGUCUGAAGCACAAGAUACUUUCGAAUACGACACGGCGAUUCUUUCCUGGAUUCGUGGACUGGUGGAAGAGACGCAUGGAUUACUAAAAUUCAUUGCUAUAUGGAGAACUCCAAUCCCAGAGCACACCACCCUGUAUAAACGAUGGGGAGACGACUUAUUCUCAACAUUCGAUGAAACUUUCACUUCAUCCUCCAUUGGCAUUCGUCAGCCAAACCUAGGAUUCUAUCGGCACGUUACUAAAGCUACUGGAAGAGACCCCCGAAAAACAAUCCUUAUAGAUAGUGAUGUGCAAAAUCUAGUCACCGCGUGCUCACUAGGGAUACAUACCAUUCCUUACAAAACCCUACCUGCCCUCUCCAGAACAAUGAAAAAUAUAUUCUACGAUCCAUUGAUCCGGGGAGAUAUCUUCUUGAAUCGCAACGCAAAACGCUUGCAUCCCGAAACCGAUUGCGGUACUGUCCUCGUAGAAAAUUUUGUACAAUUGCUCAUCUUGGAUAUCACUGGUGAUGAGUACGCCCUUCGCAUAACUUGAAUCCACACAUGAAAAGUGUACUAAUCAUCCCGGUAAAGGAGUCUGAUAAUACUACAAAAACCAGAUUACAUACGCCAAACAACAUGAAAUUAUUACAUUGAACAACCAAGUUUCACAAACAUGAAUCCACCCAAUGAUCUCGACACCACUUCUUUAGCGCUGCAAGUUAUGCCACCCGAUAACGACACGAUUACCUCAAUGCUCGACAAUAUGCUGAAAUAUAUAAAUCCUGACGGAAUCCCAUAUGUGAAGCACCCGAGAAAGUUUCGGAAAAAGUCCCGGAAACAAAAGCUAACCA